CUCAAACCCUAACCCUAAGUCUCUUUUUCCCUCAAAUCACUUUGCUGUAAACAAUGGCGAUUCUUUCCGAUUACGAAGAGGAUGAUCAGAAGCAAACGAAGGCCACGGAGUCUCUGAAGAAGCCGUUUAAUGCUGUUCUUGAUUCAUCUGAUCCCCUUGGUUUUCUCCAAACAGCACUCGAGUUCGUUGCUCGGGAAACCGAUUUCUUCAAGACGGAUUCUGUGAUCAAGGAUGUUAACGGGUUGGUUCGUACGGUGAAGGAGAAGCUUGAUGCUGAUGAAAGGACGAGGAAAGAGAAAGCGGCAUCCGCCGCCAGCAAUGGCGGUGCCGAUGUAAGGGCCGACAACAAGCGUAUUAAGGAGGACUCCUCAUCGUAUCGACCGGCGCAGUCCGGAAGUUCCAUCAAGGAACCGGAGGACCAGAAGAUGGAGGAGUCGACCGAUGAUAAGAACGGCUUGCGAGCGCCCAAUAAAGGAAAUGGACUGGACAUGGAGAACUAUUCUUGGAUCCAGACUUUGCAAGAGGUCACCAUAAACAUUCCCGUUCCUUCUGGAACAAAGUCGAGGUUUAUUGCAUGUGAAAUAAAGAAGAACCAUCUAAAAGUUGGACUUAAGGGCCAGCCUCCGAUUCUUGAUGGGGACUUGUACAAGUCCGUCAAGGUUGAUGAUUGUUUCUGGAGCUUAGAGGAUCAAAAGUCUAUCUCGAUACUCUUAACCAAACAAGAUCAAAUGGAAUGGUGGAAAUUCUUGGUCAAGGGUGAACCUGAAAUUGACACUCAGAAAGUAGAACCCGAGAACAGUAAACUAGCUGACCUCGAUCCAGAAACCCGAUCUACUGUUGAAAAGAUGAUGUUUGAUCAACGGCAGAAGCAGAUGGGUCUUCCAACAAGUGAUGAGAUGCAGAAACAGGACAUUCUGAAGAAAUUCAUGGCAGAGCACCCGGAGAUGGAUUUUUCGAGGGCCAAGAUAAAUUAACAAGUGUGUAAGCAUCUUAGAAAGAUUUGCUGCUUUAAUUGGCUUUGGGAGAUCGAAAUGUCGGGUUGGGAAAUAUUAGAAUGCUCCUUGCCUAAAACUUGUCUAUACAAACUUGGUCUUUUUUGUGAAACGUUAAAACCUAGUUGUUUCUAAAUCUUUAUGCUUGUUUUUUGUUUCAAUGAUUUGGGGUUUUCUGUGUU